AUGCCACUGAUUGUCUACCCUGGCAGCAGAAUAGAAGACGUCUGGGUCAGAGAUUGCAACACAUUGAACGCGACUUCAUGGGGAAACGAAACCCUUGCAGGAAAUGCGCCUUCUAAUCACAGCAACACCACGCCCGUGACGACUCCAGGUCCAGCAACCAGGAUCUGGCCUAACAUAACAGCCUCUGACUACUCUCAAGCACCGGCAGACUAUGCCGGGGUUGAAGCUACUAGUGGAGGACGCCUGGCGAUCGACAUCGUCAACAAGUUGCCAAGCUCAGGAGGAAACGUAUAUGUAUCAGGACUGGACCCGAAUGGCAGACUUGUUAUGCUAGGGCGGGACGGUAGUUAUAAGUAUCCAUCGACGAGCUCAGGUACCCCGACUGCGAUCACCGAUCAGAUCGCGAUUCCGUUGGGCAAGUCGAAUACGACAUUAUCACUCACCCUACCCGGCUAUCUGGAGAGCUCGAGAAUAUGGAUUGUGGAUGGAACUCUGAAAUUCUACGUUGUCGCAACACCGAACGGACCAGGUCUCGUAGAGCCUGCGUCUGUCAAUGCGAAUGAUCCUAAUUCAGCAGUCAACUAUGGCUUUGCAGAAUUAUCAUGGGCCGCUGCCUACGGAUUGUACGCAGAUAUCACGGCUGUGGACUUCGUUGGUCUACCCCUUGGAAUUGAGCUUGAAGGGCAGAACGGGCAGAAGCAUACGGUGCUCGGAACUCCCGCUGAUGCAGCGCCUCGUCUGUGUAAGCUGCUUAAGGCCCAGGCGCAAAAGGACGGUCGUCGAUGGGAUGACCUUUGCGUCUACCGGAGCAGCAACAGCCAAUUGAUCAGAGUCAUCGCGCCAUCGAACCUGAUUUCGCAAAACCCGACCGCCUUUGGCGACUACUUCUCGCAAUACGUCAACCGAGUCUGGACACAUUACACAACGCACGACUUGAUCAUUAACACGCAAACGACCCCCGGCAACGUCACCUGCCGCGUAUCUGGCUCUCAGCUCAAAUGCGAUGGCGAUAAUCGCAGCUACAACAAACCCAACGCCGCCGACAUCUUUGGUUGCAACACAGGACCCUUCGCGGUUCAAACCGGAGACAACGCAGUCCAUCUCGCUGUCGUGCCCCGAUUAUGCGCUGCUUUCAAUCGCGCGACAUUUUUCUUGGCGGGAGGAAACUUGCAACCUGGACUCCCUUCCGCCAAAUACUAUACUAACCCUACUUCUGGACCUAAGAAUUGGUAUUCGAAAUUUGUGCAUGAGAUGGAAGUCGAUGGGCGGGGAUAUGCUUUUUCUUACGAUGAUGUUGCCCCGGAUUAUGGGGAUGAUCAGAGCGGAUUGGUGUCUAGUCCUAGUCCGAAGAAGUUGUCGAUUUUUGUGGGAGGUUCUUAG